AUGUAAAGAAAUAAUGGAAAGUAUGGAAUAGAAAAUAGAAAAAAUGACUAAAUAUUCGAUUAUUCUAAUGAACCUAGGCCUUAUAUAAUAGCUUAAAAAAGAAAAACCUAAUAAACUACAAUAUAGAAUAUAAAUAUGCUUUUUUCAGUACUUUUUGGGUAUUAAAGGGACGAAAUAAUAGGAAAAGACUUAUCUUUGAUCCUUCCAAAUAUAAUAUCUAUUUAUCAUGAAAGCCUAGUAAAUAAAAUGCUUGAAAAUAUAUAUGUUACAACACUAGAAAGCAAUUAUUUCAAUCGGGAAUAAAAAAAUUUCGCAAAAAAUAAAAACGGAUAUAUUUUUCCUAUUUUAUACAAUGUAAGACCGAUAACAGAAGAUUUUUAGAAGUUUUUUGUAGUUUUUGAAGCCGAUGUUUAAACUAAAAACACUGUUUUUAUAUUCACAAAUGAAUUAAAUUUAAUAACUGAUAUAUCUUAAUCUGCAAUUAAUAUAUUCGAUCUAACUUCCUAAAUAUUUAAAAAAUAAAAUAUACAAAUGAAUAUAUCAUAAAUAAUAUAAAAUUGGGAUUAAGAUAAAUAUUUAUUUAUAAAUAAAUAAAAAGAGUUCAGAUUAAAUAAUUAAAGUUUUAUAUGUCGAACUGAAAAAAUAGAACUUCCAGUAAAUAAAAAAGAUAUAAAUAAUUAAAUAAAAUAAAAUAAAAAUUCAAUUAAAAAAAAUACUAUUAUCAAUAAUAAUAAAAAUUAAAUAAGUACAAAUAAUAUUAAUAAUAAUAAUGAUAAUAUUAAUAAUUUUAUACAAGAUGAUUAUAAUUUUUGUUAUUAAUUAGUUGGCUAUUCUUUUUAAAUAGAUAAAGUAUAGGAAAACAAAAUCGAAAGAAAAUUACAUAUUAGUGUUAAAAGUGUUCCAAGUACAAACAAUAUUAAUUCUCAGUAAAAUAAUUCAGAUAAUAAUAAUUUAUAUAGUCCUGAAAUUAUUAAAAAUAAUUAUAAUUAAUAAUAUAAAUAAAUAUAAGACUAAUAAAAUUCAUAAUAUUCUUUAUAAUUAAUUCCUUAAGAAAAUAUCUAACCUUAUGAUAAUAAUUAACAUUAUAACAAUAAUUAAUAUUAAAAUAUAAAUAAUAACUAAAAUUAAAAUGAUAACUAACCUUCAAAUUAAAACUUAUCUUAAAAUAAUAUUUAGCAUUAAAAUGAUUAUUUAUAAAAGUUUAUUAUUGAAUUUUAUAAAACUUCAAAUUAAGAUGAUUAUUAUGAAAAUGAAGAUAUUGUUUCUUAAUAAUAAUAAUUUUAAUAAGAAUAGCCUAGAGUAUUUGCUGAAUAUUGUUAAAAUAUUAAAACUAAAAGAUUAAUUAAUAAUAAAAUUGAAAAUAUUUUUAAUGAAAAUUACUUAGUAGAUUCGGUAUUAGAAAAAACAUAUAUAUAUAUUAUUAAACCAAAACAAAAAAAGGACUCAGAUGAAAAUGAAAAUAGUAUUUUUUAAAAUUAAUCUGGAGAUAUAUACGAAAGUAAGGAGGAAUAUUAAAUAUUUAAUUAAAAAAAUUCAUAAAAUAUAAUAAUAAAAGUAUUAAAUACAGAGCAUAAAGUAAAGUAUUUAUAAAAAAAUAUAAAUAUUUUACCGUCUAUUUAUUUAUAUUUUUUUAACAAAAAAAACAAAAAGCAUUAAUCAAUUUUAAUAUUUAAAACAAUAAAUAUAUGUUGGUUAAUAUUUACAUUAGCAAUAAGUACAUUUUAAUUCUUUUCAUGUAAAUAAAUAUUCAAAUAAUAUAAAUUAAACGUAGAUGUAAUAACAAAAAUAAAUUAAAGAGUAAUGUACUGUAAUUAAAUAGUAUCAUUAGUAUUAAAUAUGGAACUUUUAUCAUAAAAUUAUAUUAAUCAAGACUAUUAUUAAACAGAUGCUAUGAAAUAAUAAUUGAACAUAUCAAUUUAGGCUGUUUCAGAUAUUAUAAACGACUUAAAUUAAUAAUAAUAUGAUAUUUUUAUAAAUUCGUUUAAAAGAGAUCUAUAAAUGAGAAUUUAUAAUAAAUAUUAUGAAAGUGGUUAUUAAAUGGAAACUAUUGAUUAUUUAAAUAGUAUAUCAGUAGUAAAUUAAAAAUAUAUAUAUAAAUAAUUGACGAAAAAAUAAUAAAUUUUUCAAGAAGGACAAUUUAACACAAUUGUUGAUAAUUAUUAUAAUAAUAUAUAUAUUACUUUAUAAGAUUUAUCUGAACAUGUUAACAAUAUAAUAAUAAAAGAUUUAGAUUAAUUAAAUAUAGGUGUUAUAAUAUCAAUAGUUUCAUUAUCAAUUAUAAGUAUAAUUUCUGUUAUUUUUAUUACUAGUAUGACUUUACUAAUAAAAGAUUAAAAAGAAAAUAUUCUAUUUUUAUUUUUAGAUAUUCCAUUAAAACACGUAGAUUAUUUAUAUCAGCAUUGUGAUGGAUUUUUAAAAAAUUAUACUUCAAUAAAAGAAUUAAUAUAAAAAAAUGAAAAUUAAGAUUAAGAAAGUUCAGAUGAUGAAUAAAAUGAAUAUAAUAAUUAUAUCUAAACUUAUAAUUAUUUAUCUGAUAAUAAUUUGAAUGAUGAAGAAAUUCAAAGUUAAGAAGAAUUAAUGAAAAAAAGGAAAAAACAAUAAAAAAUUAUAAAAAGAAAAAAUUUAAAGGAUCUAAAUAAUUAUUUUUAAAAUAUAUGA